AUGAAUGUUGUCAGGAUAGUGGACGCUACUCUCGUUGUCGGACUCGGCGAUGUGGGUGAUGCGCGUGAUGUUGUCGGUGUUUUCGAUACGGUCGAUGUUGUCGACGUUUUCGAUACGGUUGAUGUGGCCGAUGUUGAUGAUCUGCUGCUUGUUCCAUCUAAAUGUUUGAAAAAUCAAAAACAGCGAGCAAUUCAUGAAAUGCAACGAUUUCUUACUUCGUGGCAUAUAGCAGGAGCACUUCCAUUCAAAGAAAAAGUUCAACUCUACUAG